UUGCCUGCGGUCACAUUGUGCUGUAUGUUAUGCAAAAGGCGUCGUGAAAUUUUGACAGUCAAAUAUCCUAUUUUCCACCAGAUUCUCAAAGCCCGGCAACAUGGCGACGGCUGUGUCGCAAGUGCCCCCUAAACAGGACCUGCCACCACCCGGUGGAUACAAGAAGAUCCCAUUUGCCCGUGUGCCGCCUAAGAGCUAUUUCACAGGCUUCACAAUGAUUGGCGCCUAUGUGGCGGUGACCACGGUCGGCCUGGGCAUCUACUAUUUGACGGCCAAAAAAGUGAGGCGCGACGAAAUUGAGAUGCGUUCCGCCCAGAAUGUCAUUUUCCCAAUACUGAUUGCGGAACGCGAUCGCGAAUUCUUGCGCCAGCUGCGCCGCAAUCGCGACGAGGAGGCGGAGCUAAUGAAGAACGUGCCCGGCUGGGAGGUGGGCACCUGGUACGGCGAGCCCAUUUACAAGACUCUGCCCGAGGAUACACUAGUAACACCCAUUUUCAAGGAGUUCUACGCUCACACGGACUGGAAAUCAUACGCUAAGCGCGCCAAUCUGAAACUCUGGUCGUAAAUGACGAAAGGAGGGGAUGGAGUCUGGGGAAGAGUCACUGCAUCAGCUGCUGUUGCUCCCUCUCAAACCCCCUUUUAACUAAUUAGUUAAUGCACUUGUGCAACUUUUUUUUUGUUUCUAGCUGCGCCUUAUCACCUAUUAAAUUGAAUAACAUGCCAAUUGCGUCCUGCAUUGGUUAAUAUAACAGAGAAAAAAAAAGACCAGAAAGCA